AUGAUGAAUAACGAGCACUUACUAAUUACAAAGCCAUUAGUGCAAUUUGUAAAGGUAAAGAAAACUAGAAGAGAAUUCAAUCGAUUCCAAAGUGAUCAGUUUAAGCGAGUUAAGCCUAAUUGGAGGAGACCAAGAGGUAUUGAUAACAAAGUACGUAAAGGACUUAAAGGUACAAUGAAGAUGCCUUGUAUUGGAUUUAAAGGCAAUAAGCUAGUCAGACAUAUCUUGCCUAACGGUUUUAAGAAGGUUAUAAUCAACAAUCUAAAGGAUUUAGAAGCACUUACUUCUCUUAAUAGAGUUUACUGUGGAGAGAUAGCUCGUGGGGUUGGAGCUAAGAAACGGGUGGAUAUUGUUAAGCGAGCGGCCGAUCUAGGGAUUGUACUGACUAAUGGACAUGCUAGAAUUGCAGUGGAGAAGCUCGACUAA